CCUGUUUUUGCUGCUAACGAUAAACCAUCACGGACCAACACGCACGCAACCUUGAGCAAACUCCACGCCUCGCAGACACUGAAGUACAGCGAUUAGGUAUUACGCCACGGUUUCCUUGUGCUAUUGUGAUCAGCAGUCGAACGGCAAGUCUACCGAACCCUCUCUCACGUGAACUUGUCCUAGCAAUCACUUGUGGCUUUGAUCCGCGAGUCCCCGAUUCGCUCGCUGUCCAGCAGGCGUAAUCAUGCACGCAGCAGAACGCGAACCAGGCCCUUUCCAUCCAAAACCCACGUUAGAACCAGUACCUAAAGCCAUACCCUGGACGGACGACGCCGGGAAUCCUCCUGGUAACGAUUGCAUCCAUCCUCCUUACUCAGCCUCGCCUUCCUCUCCUCCCCGUCCUGCUCCUCCAACACUUCCUCCCUUAGCUUCUCAUUCGCCGUCUACCCAUCCCCGGCCGCUGCAGCUCUCCCCGUCGAAGCAGCAGCACCCUUCUCCAGGCCUGCAGGCGUCGGCUGUUCAGCAGACCUCUCCGCUACCGCAGAUGCAUCUUACGCAACGGAUAUCGCCAGUGGCCGAGCCCCAGCCGCAGCCGCUGCCACUGGCACAGACGCAGCAACAGCCGCAGACGCAUGCGCAAGCGCAACCAUCGCAGCACCGAUCGCCCCAGAAGGCCGCCGCUAAGGCUGCGGAAUGUCAAGCUGUUCACACGGAGGAUCAUUUUGCUGCGCAACCCGCGGGUACUGCCAAGCGCCAGCUGCUGCCGCAACAGCAGCAAUCGCCGCCGAUCGUCACUCCAAUCGUGCCGCCUUCCCAUCACAUGAUGCCGCCGCCGCCGUCUUCUCUGCAGCACCGCCCGCCCCUGCCUCACCAUCUCCCCCCUCUCCCCCUCCCCCAAUGGCGCUCCGGACCCGUUGGCGGCAAGCCCGUGCCCUCCUCCUCUCUCUGGCCGCCUACCGGCUCCUUCCCUCACCCCUCUAUCUCUAGAGAUUACAUCCACUCUGCACAGCCGUUACCUCACAGCUACCCUCCUACAGACUGGGUCGCUGGCGGGGGCAACGAUACCAUAGAUCGCGGGGGCGGGGGAAUUGGCGGAGGCGGGGGAGUCGGCGGAGGCGGGCGCAGGUACAAGCGGCGGUCGUCGCGGCAGUCAGGCCCGCCUGUUCCGCACCCGCUCGGGUUGGACUACGGAGGCGGCCCCCCGCGCGGGUCCCGGAUGCGGCGGCCGGACAAGCAAGCGCAGGGGCCAGCGCAGGGGCAAGCGCAGUCGCAGGCGCGUCUGCCACGUCAGCCGCGCCAGCCGGCGCAGCUCCGGCAGCAGCAGCAGCACAAGAAGAUCUGGAAGCGCCGGCGGGCUCCGGGGCCGGGCUUUGCUUCCGCCGCUGCCGUCUCCCGGAGACGCGGAGGGGAUGUUGGAGGACGGCGAGUUUCGGCCGCCGCGCCUGCAGGAGCUGAAGCAGCGCAACCGCGUCGGAACGCGGAGGUUCUUCUCUAAGUUCCGCCGCCGGUACCCGCCGUCUUCCCAACAACAGCAACAGCAGCAACAACAGCAGCAGCAGCAGCAGUCGCAGUCGCAACAUGGUUCGAAGAUGCUUCCCUCCCCCAACGCCCCUCUGUCCAUGCCCAGCGCUCCGCGCAACACAACGUCCUUCAUCAUGCAGGCGCGCGGAGGCGCAGGCCCGCUGACCCCCGCAGGCGCUGGCGCAAGCGGAGUUGGCGCCGGCGCGUCCCCCUCCCCCGCCACAACCCCGCGGCUGCUCCCCACCCCCCUGGCGUCUUCUUCCCCCGCGCCGUGGGGAGUGGGUCUGUCGGGGAGCCAGGAUGGGGCGGGCGAAGGCGACAUCCGCGAGUUUAGAGUCAACCCGUACGGUUCUAUGAACGGGGUGAUUAGACUAAGGACGCCCGACGGAGAGGACGACGAUGACGGCGCCGGCAUGUUUGGCGGCGGCGGCGGCGGUAUGGGCGGUAUGGGCGGAGCUGGUGGAUUUUUCCGUGCUGGUGGCGGCGCGGAUGGCGGGGAUGAUUCGGAGGGGAGCGCGGGGACGGUGGAGAAAGGGCCGUCUCGAUCGACGGGCGGCUCGGGGGAGUCGGAGGAGCAGGAGAACACGUCGACGAGCGAGAGCAACGGCGGCGCCGCGGCGGACGGCGAGGGCAGCAGCGGCGGCGGCGGAAGCGGCGGGAAUGGCGCCGCUGGCGGCGGCGCAGGCAACGGCGGCGGAAGAGGAGGGGAAGGAGGGCGGGAAACAGCAGCUGGGGGGGCGGGCGCAGCAGUCACAGUCAAUGGGGCCGGGGCGGGGGAGGGAGGGGAGCGGAGGGUUGAUGUAGGGCUGCAGCGAUUCCAGAUGCUGUACACGGGGGAUACCGCGGGAGCCAAUGGGAUCAUGCCACAUCAUCCGGUGAUGGGCAUGGCGGUGCGCGGCUCCAGCGGGGACUCGUUUCUGCGCGCGCGGAUAGACGAGCAGGAGACGCAGCUAGCGCAGCUGGAGGAAGAGAACCUGACGCUGAGAGAGGUACGCUCGGCUGUACGUGGCAGAGCAGGAGGUGAAGGAGCUGCGGCGGCGGCUGGGCGAGGGGUCGGACGAGAUGGUGGAGAUGGGCGGCGACAACAGCGACGAUGAAGCCUCCUGCGCUGCUGCGGCUGCACACCAUGCCCCCGAGUGAUGUCUCGUGUCAUGUGGAC